GAGAGAGAGAGAGAGAGAGAAACGCACCGGUGCACCACGGGGUCCACAUUCAAACUGACCAGCGCGUGUACCUCAAUGAGCGCACGCACCGUCCUCUCUCCACACGCGUCCCUCAGCAGCCUCGUUUCUGCCGAUCAGCGGAGCCGGUGCCUAGGGAGCCGCAGAGAAGAAGAGAAAGAGGAAAAGAGGACGUCUCACAGCACCCUCUCCCCGGGCCUCGACUAUCUGCUCACCAUCCAAAAGCAAAAACAGCAAGCAGCUAAAGUUCUUCACCCAAUCCGUGGCCCUCCUCCAAACCGUUCUGCUCCGGUACCUUGUGCCAUGGCCUUCACCUUGUCUGAGAUUAUGGCAGCGAGACGGCAGCAGUCGCAGGCUCAGUCCCAAGCCCAGCGAGGCAACAAGACGGCGGUGGAAGUGGAUGAAUACAGCACAAACCCCACCCAGGCCUUCACCUUCUACAACAUCAACCAGGGACGCUUCCAGCCCCCACACGUUCACAUGGUGGACCCGAUGCCCCAUGACACGCCCAAGCCGCCGGGCUACACCCGCUUUGUGUGCAUCUCAGACACCCACUCCCGCACCGACAGCAUCCAGAUGCCGUACGGAGAUGUGUUCAUCCACGCCGGAGACUUCACCGAGCUGGGACUGCCCUCGGAGGUCAAGAAGUUCAACGACUGGCUAGGUACCCUGCCCUACGACAUCAAGAUUGUAAUCGCCGGCAACCACGAGUUGACCUUUGACCAGGAGUUCAUGGCCGACCUGAUCAAGCAGGACUUCUACUACUUCCCUUCUGCCUCCAAGUUAAAGCCGGAGAAUUACGAGAACGUCCAGUCGCUGCUCACCAACUGCAUCUACCUGCAGGACUCUGAUGUCACCGUACGAGGAUUCAAGAUUUACGGCUCCCCCUGGCAGCCCUGGUACUACGGAUGGGGCUUCAACCUGCCCCGGGGCCAAGCUCUGCUGGACAAGUGGAACCAAAUCCCUGAGAACACAGACAUCCUGGUCACACACUGCCCCCCACUGGGUUUCCUGGACUGGGUCCCAAAGAAGAUGCAGCGUGUGGGGUGCAUGGAGCUGCUGAACACAGUCCAGAGGAGGGUCCAGCCCAAGUUGCAUGUGUUCGGACAUAUUCAUGAAGGUUACGGUAUGAUGACUGACGGCACCACAACGUUUGUCAACGCCUCCGCCUGCACCGUCAACUUCCUGCCCAUGAACGCGCCCAUCGUCUUUGACCUCCCGAACCCCGGGAGGACCACAUGACUAGAGGAGGCCGGCCCCAAAACGCCUGCCGGCGAUCAGGAGAAAGGGUCCAGAAGAGACAGGUGAAGGUCGGCGGAGCAGAUUCUGUAAAUACGAAGCCGGUGUGUGUGUGCGAAAGACACGCCGGACAUGGCGGGGGACAAAAGGGGACUGAAGGGAGGGGACGCUCCCUUCUUAGCGUUAUUAUUAUUUCACGUCCCAUCAUGUGUUCAUCUGAGUCUAAAAGCAGACUAAUAGACGAGCCGAAAGACGCUUUUCAAUGUCCUCUUUUACUGCACUGACAAUCGGAUGUGGCUCUCAGGGAGGCGAGAGACAUCACCGACAUCCCCGUUCUUUACUCCGCUUCAAUGAACUGAAGCCAUUAGGACUUAACGUGAAACAACGCGGCACCUCGUCUAUGUGACAACUUAGACAACAUUUGCCCCACCGGCGGGAUUUUAACAGAACUUUUGUCCCCCCUCAUUUUCCUCCUGUUUCUCGCCCAUCCUCGGGCCCAGAGAAUGAUCUUUGUUUAAAGUGGAGAGUCGGGUUAUCAGCCAUGUUGACACGGAUCCAGCUGGGCCUCCCCUUCCAUAUUUUGUAUAUUUUUUUCUGCCCUUAAUUGUCCACGCAGUGAAGGACCAGCACGGCUUCUGGGCAGUCAAACUGGUGGUUGUUUCUGGGAGACUUUUCCCUUUUUUCAAGAGGAGUAAAGCUGUAAUUACAUGUAGUGUAACUGGUUAAAUGUAAAUGUUCUACGUCAAUAUAAAGAUAAAAACGUUUUUCUCAGACAUUUCCAAGCUGUUUCAAGCUUAAAAUGUCCUGAUAUUUGUGGUUGUUACAUUUCCUUUGGUCUAUUACUUAGUCAUGUAAAUGCGUAUUUGGGUAUUUUCUUCUCUCUUCUCUGUGAAGCUGCUAGGCCUCAUUUUGGUGACUAUUAACUCUUGAACGUCUCUUUGCAGUUUGUCUGUGUUUUAAAGAAGAAAAUUUUAAUUUUUUUCCUCCUCUGCUCCAUUUGCUGGAUGAGUGUGAGUGAGUGAGUGAGUGUGUUUGUGCGUAUGCUACAUGAAGCUACGUUGAGCUUUAGGUCCUGAAAUGAAAUGGGGCAGGUUUAGGGUUGGGUUCAAUAUUGCGAUGAAGUUAUGGUACGUAAGAGUACAGGAACUGCAAUUCAUGUUGGAAGUUCUAGUGCACUGUUGAGGUCAUCUAUGAUAAAACCUCAAGAUCCCCAAUAAUAUGGGGCUCAUGCCAUCUGAGUGGUAACAAUAAAAUAAGUUUACUUGUUAGCUAACUUUCCAACACCACUGAUUAGACAUUAGAAGUCAAUUUGUUACCUCAGCCAAGGAGUCCAUGGAUUGAGUUUCAAUUCAUUUUAUUUUGUAUAGCCCAACAGUCUAACAUCACUUUUUGGAGCAGCACAGAUUCAGUCAGUCAUCUACCACAUCGCUUAUCCUUAAAGGGUGGCGGGGGGGGGGGGGGGGCGGAGGCAAUUCAAGUUAACAUCUGACAGUCACAGAGCUGACAUAGAGAUACACAAUUGAUCUGCUCAGAUUUAUGGUUCUGCUAUUUUUCAUUACGGGGGCAUUUGGACUCUGAGUGCUCUUCUAGUAUAUGAUGUAUUUAUAGUCCCUUUUUUAAAUGAAACACCUUUCAAUUUAGUGAAUGGCAAUAAGGAAUUAUAAAUUCCUAAUUGUAAACAUAAUAAAGCAUAGAAAUAGUCCACAGAGAGGUCGUACCUAGAGCCGAGUUUUAUUCAUAAAAAUAAUACAGGUACAUUUUGUACGUCAUGUAACUCCACUUUGCUGCUUUAAUCUUAAAGUUAACUUUUGAAUCAAAUCUUAAUUAACAAUUCUGAUUUAGCUGCCGCUAAAUUGACAAAAUCUGGACCUGGAUUUUUUUUUAAUCAGCGUAUCUUGUUACACAACUCUUUUAAACAAGCAUCCACUGUCAUCUUCUUCUUUGUAAACCGCUUAAAUACGCAUUCACCACCAACUGAACGGGGGGAA